GAAAACGUUAUACGCGGACAUUGAAAACGUUAUACCCAUCACAACCAAACAGUCCUUUAGCCUCCCAUUCUUUGCGCAGACAUUGAAAGAGAAGGUUUCUCCCGAUUCAGAAAGAAACUAGGGUUUCGUUGCUGGUGAAUCGAAACCCUAGAUUUUUUACUUCUGUUGGCAGAAUCGGGUUUUUGAAUUCAAGGUUAGAGGCUCCGUAAAUAAUUUUUGAGAAUUUUUGGGAUUAGAUCAAAAAAUGAAAGAGUUCAAUAGUUUGAACCGUACCAGACAACCCCAAUUUCGUGCAAUUUUGAAUGGAUUAUGUGCCAUAGUCCUAUUGUUCUUCUUCUACAACCGGGAAGAUAUUCUGAGGAAUCCUCUCCUCAGGCAAUCAUCUUCAACUUUUGAUAAACCCUGGAGCUCAAGAGAUGGCUUUCACGAUCAGCUGAAUGGAAUGGUGGUAAUUCAUCGCCGCACUGGUGAAAUCGGUGUUAAUUCAUCGGGUUUGAUUGAAGGGUCUGAUGAUAACAAUUUGAGUAAAAGCGAUCCGGCCUCGUGUUCUGGAUUAGUUGAUCAUGAGGGUUUUGCUAGCAGAUGCGAGUUCUUGAAAGCACACCCGCAUUGUUCUUCAGGAGGGUUCUUUGAUUACAUAAGAUUUUUCUAUUGUACUUGUGAGAAAUUUAGAUUCUUGGGUUAUGUGAUGUUGGGAAUUUGGCUUGCUACGUUAUUUUAUCUAUUGGGUAACACUGCAGCAGACUACUUCUGCUGUUCGUUAGAGAAGCUCUCAAAUCUUUUGAGGCUGCCUCCCACAGUUGCUGGGGUUGCACUCCUUCCACUCGGAAAUGGAGCACCUGAUGUGUUUGCAAGUAUUGCUGCUUUUGUGGGUAGAGACACUGGUGAGGUUGGACUUAAUAGUGUGCUCGGUGGGGCAGUGUUUGUUACUUGUAUUGUUGCUGGGACUGUUUCUUUAUGUGUUGCCAACGAGAGAGUUCAGAUUGAUCGGAGAUGCUUCAUUAGGGAUAUAUGUUUCUUCCUAUUUACGCUCAUUUCUCUUUUAGUGAUUUUACUUGUUGGUAAGGUGAGUGUCGUGGGAGCAAUUGUGUUUGUUUCAAUUUAUGGGGUUUAUGCUUUUGCUGUUGCUGCGAAUGAGAUUUUGAGGAAACAUGCACGGAGGUUGAAAUUGGAUGUCAUUACACCUUUGAUUCCUGUCAAAGGAAGUAUCUUCUCUCAAGAAGGUGAAGAGGAUGAUUCUAUGUACAGCCCUCUGCUUGAUAUCGAGACUGAAAGUGAUCAGCCCCAACUCCAUGCUUCCUUGCCACAGUGGAUGUGGGCUUCAAAUGUGGCGAUAUAUUCAAACCAGGCAAUAAAGGGUAGUAUGGCAGAUGGUGAAAGACAUUUGUGGGGCUGGACUGAUGAGGGCAUGGAAAACAACCAGCCAUUGUUUUCAUUCUCUAAGUUUGUUUCACUGGUGGAGAUGCCCUUGACAGUGCCAAGGCGGUUAACAAUCCCUAUAGUUGAGGAAGAAAGAUGGUCAAGGGCAUAUGCUGUAGCCAGUGCUUCAUUGGCUCCUGUUCUUCUUGCAUUUUUGUGGAAUUCCCAAGACGAUGUGAGUUCUCAAGGCAUAAACGCCGCAUAUCUUGUUGGUGUUAUGGUUGGUUGUAAUCUUGGCAUUCUUGCAUAUCGUUACACUGUAUCUGAUCAGCCACCUCAGAGGUUCUUAAUUCUGUGGGUUUUGGGAGGAUUUAUAAUGAGUAUCAUCUGGUUCUACAUAAUUGCAAGUGAGCUUGUUGCUCUGUUGGUGGGAUUUGGUGUUAUUUUUGGGAUUAAUCCAUCUCUCCUUGGAUUAACUGUAUUGGCAUGGGGUAACUCAAUGGGUGAUUUGAUGUCAAAUGUUGCACUGGCAAUGAAUGGUGGGGAUGGUGUGCAGAUUGCCUUGUCUGGGUGCUAUGCGGGUCCUAUGUUCAACACUCUCAUUGGUUUGGGGGUCUCGAUGCUGCUAGGAGCCUGUUCAAAGAGACCUGGUCCAUACAUAGUUCCACAAGACAGUAGCUUGUUUUAUACUUUGGGCUUUCUCAUAUCAGGACUAAUCUGGGCACUUGUGGUAUUACCUCGAAACGACAUGCGUCCUAGCAAGACAUUAGGCGUGGGCCUUAUAACCCUCUAUAUGAUAUUUCUCACUGUUAGAGUGAGCACGGCUAUGGAGUUAAUAUCAAUUGCUGGUCUAAGUUGAUCAUAAUUAAAAGGAGCGAGCCUCGUUGAUUUAUUAACACUUGGAGAUAGAGUUGCUAGUCAGCCUGGAUUUGGAUUUGGAUUCAGAUUUCUCCAAGUAGCAGUAACCUUCUUAACCCAGGGAGAUGAUUAUAUGGAUGAGUUCACUGGUCAGCUUGGCAUUGUAUCUCAAAGAGGGCUACAGGGAUGAGAAAAUUCUAGUACUGUAAUAUACUAGCAAGCUAUACUGGCAAAGGAGGGGGUCAUUGUUUGUAUACGUGUAUGCAAAGAAAAAUCUAAUGUUACAUUGUGGGAUCAUGUGUUUUGUGGAUAAAUUUGUUGCUUGUUCUUUUGCUUGAUUGACUCCUUUUAUAAUGAUAAAUGGUUAUGCUUUUCCUCAACACCAAAAA